CAACCCGUUCAAUUGCCGUGACGCACAUCAAAUAUUGUCGGUGCACAGCUGCCAGGCUUGGUUGAUUGGCACCCUUCUCCACACCGUCAGCUAGAAACCAUAAACAACAAAAUGACAAGGGGAAAUCAGCGUGACCUUGCUCGUGCUAAAAAUGCCAAAAAGCAAGGGAAUGACAAGGGAAAGAAGGCAGAUGAUGGCAUGUCUGCAGCUGCAAGGAAGCUUCGGGAUGCAGAGAUAAUGCAACAGAAGCAGAAAAAAGCCAGUGACCCUAAGCUGAGUGACGAGAAAGCCAAAUAGCAGCAGGAUUCUAAUAUCAAGAUGUUACCUAUUGAUUAGUUGUUUUUUUGUCCCAUGCUCUGGGGUACAAAACCAGUUUGUAAUUUGUGGUGGAGGUUGUACUGUAGUUUGAGAAAUGAAUGGUUUUGAAUGACUAAUGCUUAAGCCUACUUAAAGGUCUAAUGUUUAAUCAGUAUUUACAAUGUAAACAGGAAUUUCAAACUCAGAAUUAUAAAACAAUCCUGUAUUUUUGUAUUCCCUCCUAGAUUUUAAAUAAUGCAACUAUUGGUUUUGUUUUCUUACUUUUUAUAUUAAGGAUGGGCAUAUACAGUGCUGAUGAAAUAAACAAAUGAAUGGA